CGCUGGAUCGCCAUUACAGUCCCAGAUUUCGCUGAGCGAAGUUGUCUCGCGGCGGCGGAAUCGCGGCUCAGUACGCAAAACCUGCAUGCGGGAUUACCAUUUCCGGUCCCGUUAACGCAUCCGGUUCGAACCGUUGGGACAAGAGGCGGUGCUAACCGAUCCUCUCGGUGUAUGGUGUAAGAUACAGUGGCCUCGGAUGAAGUCCAACGCGCGAUCCGCUGUUGUUCGUUGUAUGUGGGGGUGAGUGUCGGCGUGAUGGGGCGGGGGCAGAGCUCGCCUAUGGAGCUCGGCUAGAGGCGUGCGCCCCUGCCCGGCUGCCCGGCCCCCCCUCUGCCGCCCUCACCACGGCCCACGCAUGGAGCCGGACCACCGGGACCACCGAUGCCACAGGCCCAGCGCCUUUGACAAAAUGGAGGGGUUGGUGAGAGAGAUGCAGGACACGGAGCACGGGGGCGUUCCAGUUCGAAGCCAAAAAUUAUUCCUUACAUCCAUUCCUGCCGCUUUCAUGGGGUACGACCUAAUUGAAUGGCUGAUGGAGCGUCUCGGGAUUGAAGAAUCCGAGGCUCUCAAUUUAGCCAAUCAGCUAUGUCAGUAUGGCUACUUUUUUCCCGUGAGCGAUUCGAAAAACCUAGUUGUGAAAGAUGAUAGUUCGUUGUAUAGAUUUCAAUCUCCAUAUUAUUGGCCUUGGCAAAACAGACCGCCGGAUAACAUCGAAUACGCGAUUUACUUAGCGAAAAGAACUUUAAGGAAUAAGCAGAGACAUGGUUUAGAGGAUUACGAGUUGGAAGCUUUGAGCAACUUGAGGAAAAACUUGGCGAACAAGUGGGAUUUUAUUACAAUGCAAGCAGAGGAACAGGUGAAACUAUCAAAAGUUCUGAAAAAAGGCGACAAAAUCAUCAGUGAUUCGCAAGAGAGAGCAUAUUGGCGGGUCCAUAGGCCACCGCCUGGGAUGGUCACUUCGCUGGAACAAUGCCCCGUCCCUACGCGCAGCUGGAACGGCUCCAGGACCCGAAAACGAACCAUAGAAGAUUGCAGACGAGAAGUUGAACUGUUGAAAAAUAGUCUGUCAAGGACUAGAGUUAAAGUAUCGCAGGCACUGGAAAGUAUGGUCCAGCAUGUUGAAACGUACGCGGAGUAUGACCCUCUCAUAACACCAACGCAACCUUCCAACCCUUGGGUCAGUGAGGACACCACGUACUGGCAGUUGAACAGUCCACUAGUUGAAGUUCCGACAGAAAAACGUGUGAGACGUUGGGCCUUAUCUAUGGAGGAGCUAGUUUCAGAUCCUACAGGUUUACAGGAAUUUACUAAUUAUUUAAGGAAGGAAUACAGUCAUGAAAACAUCAGAUUUUGGAUGGCCGUUAAUGAUUUAAGACGCUCUGCUCAAUCUCAAAUCCAAAGAAAAGUUAACGAAAUUUUUGAGGAAUUUUUGGCCCCUGGUGCUCCGUGUGAGAUAAACAUUGAUGGUAAAACUAUGGAAAAAGUCCACCAAGAAAUGAAAACACCCAGUAGGUUCACUUUUGAUGCCGCACAAGAACAUGUAUAUACAUUGUUGCUGAAAAAAGAUUGUUAUCCUAGAUUUAUUAGGUCCGAAUAUUACAAAAAUCUUUUGGCGACGGGAAUCCAACCUUCCCAGAAAAAGCGCUUUUUCGGUUUCGGCCAAACUAAGAAGAAAACUUCGACGAGUAGUGCGCCCAAUCAGCAACUGUUGCAACAGCAGUCUUCUCAGGGGGCUUCUGCGACAUGCGGCGCCCUGUCGAAACGCCGAGGAAGCGACCGCAGUCUCUCAGGAUCAGCCCACGAACUUGCCGUUUCCGGAGUUAAAGACUCCAAGGUGCCACACUCACAUUCGCAGAGUAAUCUGAGCGACAUCCCGUACAGGGGCGAUUUGGCGUGCCUUCCGAAAGCCAGUCCGGUGCCAGCAACAGUUACCAGUCCAGUGAAGAAACCAAGCAUUGCGAUCGUGGCCGGAGCUUCAACUUCGGAGGAGGUAUGUCCUUGGGAAAGCGGCGAACCCCGUUCUAGAAAAAACUCGACGCAACUUGACUCGGGAAGCUCCUCGUCGGAUAUAAGCGUGGCAGUGGCGGAAAUCUCCGAAAGAGUCCAGCGAGUUUGCACUUUGACUCAACAGCACACCGUCGACGGCAGCAGAAAACUCUCGACCUCCACCAUCGACCCUCCUCGGAGAGCAUCCGUUUCUGUGCCAAUCACUCACUCAACCACCGGAGACUCCUCCAAGCGGAAAGUGUCUUCGUUCGAGGACAACAGCUCCGCCGCUACUAGCACGUCGUCAUCGGUGUUUGUUAUUCCUAGUGACGCAGACAAUAAAUCUGAAGAAUGCACUAGUACUAAUAAAACUGUUGUUAAGAACCACGGUCUUGCAAAGGCUUGUUCAGUGACAGGAGCGAAUGCACCCAUUAUCAGUGUCAGUUCGGUGGCCGAUGAUUUACCGCCCGAUAACAAAGCUGGAGAUGAUGAAGUCGAACCGACCACUAGUCAGCAGGAACCUCUAGCACCACUCGCGGAACCGGAUAGUGAAUCACCAGCCAGCGAAGUUCCUCCUUCUGAACCCAUCACUGAAGUCGAGGCCGACACGGAAGCCAAGAGUAACGACGUUUGUCCGUGGGAAGACGAGGAAACGUGUAAGGUGGACACGCCCUUCGUCAAGACUUAUGCUACUCUGGGCUACCUUUAGCUGUCUUCGGGAGAGCUACCGCAACUGUCAAGAGAUCAAGUGACGUUUGCUCACAACUUUUAUUUGAUUUUUUUAAAUUGAUUCUAUUUAAAUUUUACCUAUCAAAAGUUUGAUAAUCAAAAAACGAAUUUAAUUACAUAUGUCAGGUUUAAUGGGGAAAAAUGAUUCCAAGAGACAGUUUCAAAGGCAGGACGUUAACUAAAAGAAGGAUUUAAAUUUUUCAAUCGGUUUAGGGCAUAACGGAAUGGUAACAAUGUCGGCAUUAGAAAUAGACUUUCUUGAGCCCUUGGUCAUUAUCUGAUGUUGACAUCUUCACGUUUCGCCGUCCCCUACUAAAGUCAGAAACUGCACAUGAUUCUUCUAUAACAGUACACUCUCAAUAUAAAUACUUGGCAUUGUCGUAUUAUAAUUAAUAUAACUGUAGGUGUUGAAAAAAUUAUAAAAAAUGGAUAAGGUUGAUUAACGGUGCAGUUAUCGACUUUCAAAUAUCCACAUAAAAAUUGAUGUUUGAACACUUUCGUAAGUAAUCGAGCACAAUAUUCUCUUAAUGUCGUAUCGUUGUAUUAGAUUAUAGAGCAUUUAAUUAUACGUAUAGUAGACUAGUGGUGUAUCAGUGUCUUCAGUGCAGUUUCUAACUUUCACAACACUUUUGGCCAAUUUUCCAAAAUUCUGAUCAAAACAAUUUUUUUGAGAUUGUGACUCGCGAAUGGGAAAUUUUCCUUUGGAAUUAUUUUUCUUCCGAAGAUUUUUUUGUUUGAGUUGCCGAAACUUCGGAAAAUUAAUGAUUGUGAGCAAACCGUUUCCAAGUUAACUUAAAUGUAUCCAGGCCAUUUUGAUGAAAAAUCUUGGCCUAUAUACGUAUUUGUUGUUUAAAUAAACGUAGGUUGACUGUUAUUGCUUGACACAAAAAAUGUUUAAAAAAAUCUCAUGGCCUCAUUAAUAUUGGAUAGAAAUACCAGUGGUGUAUAUAAAACCCUCUGCUUUAAGCUUAGGGUUUCAAUUAUGAAAUACUCAAUUAAAGUUAACAUUAUAUUUAAACAUGCAAUGUUACUUAUUGAAGCUAUUUUUAUGAUAAAUGUUUUCGUCUCUUUAGAAUAUUGUGGUAAGCGUCAAAAAUAUAUAUGCUGCCUGACAGUGAGAGAGUUAGUGAUGUAUAUAGUUUUAUAAUAAUAGCUAUUAUAACGUAUUAUUAAAAAUGUUACCACUUAAUGUCCUAAAAAUAUUUUAUUUCAUAGAAUUGUUGAUAGCCAAUGUUAUUAUAAAAUUAUUGUAGAUUAAUGAA